UGAUAACUAAAGUUCAAAUGAUUGAAUAACUUAAAAGGGCCAUUUCAAGUCAAAAUAUUAUUUUGCUAAUAUUUUUCAUUUUUGUCUCUUUCAAAAAUAUAAGUUUAAUACAUCUAUACUAAUAUUUUUGGAUUUGCUUUACAUAAUUGUCCAAAUAAUCUAUUUCCAUAUCACAUUUUUUUCUCCUCGAAUUUUUGUAUCUUUAAAAUAUUUAAAUGUAAUACAUCUAUAGUAAUAUUAUGUACAUUAUUUACUUUUUAAUUCAAUAGAUGACAAUCAACUAUAUUUAAAUUAAAAUAGUAAUAAAAUUUUCAAAGCUUCAUUUGCAAGGUAAUUAUUCACAUAUAACGAAGAUAAAAAAUUUUGUUGAUUUUUUUAUUUAGUGAUGUUUAAUAUCUCAAGGCAUGAGAUAGUUUUUCAUUUCAUUCGUUGUCUAACUUAAACUUCUUAUAGUUAAGUAUAAAAUGAAAUACAAAUUGAAUAAAAUUAUAAAUUAACGGGCACUAAAAAACAUAAACUAUCAAAAUACUCUUUUGUACCACCAGUGCACAAUACUAAAAAUCGAACCACCUACGUUUAACUAAAAAAAAUAACCAAAUGACCACAAACCGGCCAACGGGCCGGAUACAACACUAGUUCUCAUUAUGCUUCAACGGUUCAACCCCAUCUCUCUAAGCGAUCAAGGCCCAAAAUGGGGACCAAUUUUAUUAUGCUUCUGCCCAUUCUCUGUCGGACGAAUCACGGCCCAAUGUGGACGGAAGUCCUCAUUUUGAACCUCUAUCUGCCAUCACUGUUCACUGGGGGAGUGAUUCGAAUUUCGACGGCGUCCUACCGUUAGUGCUCUGUGAUGAUUCACCAGGGGCGUUUGCCAACAUGGAUUGGGAUAUGUUGGGAGGUUAUUAGUCAUGUUGCCUUAUGUUUUUUUUUUUUUUUUUCUUUCGUUGCAUGUUCGUGAAUUCAAAAACACUUUGUAUGGCAUAGAGAAAGGUUAGUGUUAUGUGGAUUUUUCGGCCACGGAAUGAUUUGUGACGAGUUGUAGAACGAGAUCGAGAAGAAGUCGGAAAGGGAUGAUAAAGAAUGGCUACUUUAACUCAAGUUUCUCAACUGAACACCCUUAUAUAAUUAUUGAUCAACAUAUUUAUAGUGUCUCACAACCUGAACUCAAAAGGAACAAAGAAAACUAAAUCAAAUACGAAAAGGAAACAUUAACUAGAGGUAUUUGCGAUUGGGUUUUGGCGUCCGUGUUGGGAAAUGAAAUUCCUAAUUAAUUAUUCAAUAUAAAAAAAUAAGAAGGAUAAUUAAUAAAAAGAAUAUUAUAAAGAUAAUUAGAGUUAAUUAUCUUAUUAGAACGUAUUUUAAUUAUGAGAGUAAUUAUCUUUCUAAUUAAGUGUGACUAAUUCCACACGAAAAAGUGGGGUUUCUGGUAUGUUUUAGAAAAUUUGUGGUAUGCAUUAGGAGGUUUCUGGUUUGCAUUAAGAAGUUUAUGGUGUGCUUUCGAAAAUUUUAUGGUUUGAUUUGUGGGGUUUCUGGUUCGUUUUAAUGGAUUUGUGGUACGCACUAGUAGGUUUUUGGUUUGCUUUUUUGUGGUUUACUUUACGGCGUUAGUGGUUUGCAUUUUGAGUUUUCUGAUGUGCUUUCGAAAAUUAUGUGCUUUACGUCGUUUUUUAUUUGCAUUAUACGUAACAAAAUCAUAUUCCUAUAUUUACUAACUAAAACAACAAGCACAUUAAUUAAUUCUCUUUAAGACGAGUAUACUUAAGAAACAACCUACUGGUGCAUUAAGGAUGAAUAACAGAAGAAUCCAAGCCAACAUCGCCUCCUGGAUUCGGGGAAGAGCAGCAGGAAGCUGCUGGCGAGGUAAAGAUUGUGUACUCGCAUCAUCCACUUUUAAGAAUUUGCCUCAAGUGUAUAAGCUUGGAUCCCGUCAUAAGAAAAUACAGAAGAACAGGCAGAGGAAUGCAACCCUUGCAAAAAACAUAUAUAUACUUUAAACAAACAGAAGUCAUGGCAAUAUUUUGUCAAGGGUUUUGCUUCAGACACAGAUCACUCUAUUACAGAGGAAUGCAACCCUUGCACAAACAUAUAUAUAUAUAUACUUUAAACAAACAGAAGCCAUGGCAAUAUUUUGUCUAAGGGUUUUGCUUCAGACACAGAUCACUCUAUUGAAAGAUUACCAACAGCAUGACCCUUCGAAGCUUCUUUAUCAUCCUAUUGAGCUAGGGCUAAAAAUUUGCAUGUCCCGUCCCUGUCCCAUCCCUGUCCCUGUCUGACCCGUCCCUGAAGGGUCAAGAUGUAUAACCGUCCCGUCCCGUCCCUGUCUCCUUUUUUCUUACAAUUUAGUACCUAAAUUUUAUUUUUUUACAAAUAAGUCCAUAAAUUUUGAUGGUAAAAUUACGUUUUGGUACCCAAAUUUUUUUAUUUUUACAAAUUAGUACCUAAACUUUUAAAACUUUACAAAAAGGUCCAAUGAACUAUGAGAUAUUUGUUGUUGCUAAGGGUCACAGGGUCAAAACGUGACCCGUCCCUAAGUGUCCCGACCCGGCCCGACCCUUGCAGGGUCAACAAAUGACCCGUCCCUAAUCUGUCCCUGUAGACAAACUGACCCGUCCCGACCCUUAGGGACGGGACGGGUCGGGACGGGUCAGUGGGUCUUCCGGGACAAGCUUUCACCCCCUAAUUGAGCUCCUUCGAAGGAGGUGGAUUUGGGAGGAUGAAGGAAACGAAGCAUGAGAGGAUGAUGUAAUUGUGAGCGAGAGGAUGAAAGGCUGACGAGGAAAGAGGACGGCGGCGGCGCGGGAAACGACGAAGAGGGCGUGGAGAGGAUGGGGAAACCACGGGUCCUUCCACGACGACGAACAGGAGAGCUACUCCAACUUCGGCUUGUACUCCAACUUCACCAGCGGCACGCCGGAGUUUUCCACCCGUGGAUCAGCCCGCCGACUCCUCCUCCGAGUUCUUCGGAUUCGGAUCUUCUUCAGCCCGCCGACUCCUCGUCUACCACCGCUGUCGCGAAUUUCCGAAGAGCGACCGCCGUCGUUGCUGUCGUCGGUGUCCUCACCCGACUCUAGGAAUACUGCACGCCCCACGAUGUGGUGCCAGCCAGAGUUAUUGGAUUUGUGCCGGCGCCGGAAGAAGAAGGAACGCUGGGACGAUUGAGACCCGUAGGGGUUGAGAUUUGGGAGCGGAGAAAUCAGAAACGUGUAUUUAGUUGUUUUUUGUUUUAUUUUAAUUUUUAUUUUUAAUGUAUUUGAUUAAUUGACCAUUUUACCCUGAUGUUAUUAUAACAACACUAAAGGUGUUGUUAUUCUAUCCGGCCCCUAGCUUUUAAUAAUAAUAACAAAACGACCCCGACAAUUAUAAUAAUGGACAACUUUGACUCGAUGUUUGAGUUGACCUCAAUACUAACAAUCAACUAUAAUAGUUACAUUAGUUGGAAGAAGCUUGAGAAAUAAAUAACUUCAAUUCUUUUACCAACUCCAAAAUAAGCUUGAGAAAUAAAUAACUUUUUGAUAAAUAAUAAACACAGUAAUAUCUCUUGGAAAAAGGGGCGGAAAAAAAAAACUCGGAUAGUCUUGUUCUUGGACCACUGUCGCACGAGAGCGGAUCCCAUGACUAAGGGGGGUCCUUAGUCACUUGACUAAACCCUUCCUAGUCAUUAGAUCUGGACACUUCAAUCCAAUGGUUAAAAAGUGGGAAGGGCUAUUUAAUUAAUGACAGGGGUAGUUUGGGCAUUAUGAAAAAUUACGAAGUAUACAAACCGGAUUUACAAUCAGUACAAACCAUACAAACAUACGAACAGUACAAACUAGAGCUACAAAACAUACAAACAGAUUUACAAACAUUACAAACGUAUGAACUGUACAAACAAUACAAACUAGACCGACAAAAAAUACAAACCAUACAAAAAGAAAAAACAACCGGGUUGACUUUGGAGGCUCCAUCCCUAUAUAGAGGGGCUCCUUCCCAAAGUCAACCCGGGUGUUUUUUAGACAUACAAACAGUACGAACAUGGUGGACAAAAAUGACAAACUAGACCGACAAUCCAUACGAACUGAAAAAACACUCGGGUUGACU